UCCUACACGACAAGUAUAUUCUUAACCUUCAUCUAAGCCUUCGAAAUGAUAUAUAUGUGUGUGCGCUCAAAAAGUAAAAACAAAAAUAGUGAACCCAAGUAAAAUAAUUGUUGUUUUUUUUGUUUGUGUCAAGAAAAGUUUGUUUGUAUCAACUGUGCGUAGUUAUGAGUUUAAUAAUUUUUCACAUCAAAUAUACAAGGAAAACCAGGCAAAGUCACAACGACAGUGAUAGUUCAGACCAAAUAAAUAGAAAUAGUUGCCAUUAAUAAUAAGCGAAGCUAGGCUUAAGGGCCUACUCCAGCAACUCGGUCAAGAUAAGCCAACGAAGGAGAUUCUAUACCUGUAAUGCCUUAAUGCUAAAGUCCAUACUUGGCGCGGACACGAAUGGUUCUGCGGAAGAUAUACCUAGCGGCGGAGGGGGCGUGGCCAGCGGUGGUAGCAGCAGUGGAAGCAGCGGUGGAGCAAUUAGUCGACCCAGUUGCGGCCUGGCGUCCAGUUCCAUAUCGAGUGGGCUGAGUACUGUGUGUAGUUUGGUGGCAAGUGGAAGCAGUGGCAGUGGCAGUGCCAGCAGUACACCACCAAACUUGUUUUGUCCCGCAUGCGUGGCGAAUAGCGCAAAGCAGCAGCAGCAGCAACAACAACAACAACAGCAGCAGCAGCAGCUAGUGGACACCAAGUCCAGCAAACGUUCCAAGGCACGCAAGAGCGCUUCCACCGCUGGUUGUUUCGACGCGCAGCACAUCAGGAACAAUCUGAGAAUGUCAACAUCGGGCAGCAUGCGCGGCUCUAAUGCUCAUGCCGGUAGCAGCAGCAUUAGCAACGGUAGCGCCGCUUCGUCAGGCACAACGACAGUCAAUGGCCUAGCCUUGUACGAUGGCAAGGCCAACUCGCCGGGCAGCUACAGCUGCAAUGCGCUGAACGUGGACUUUACCUCCUAUACGGCAACGCAUCAGUGGACGCGCAUGCUCGAGUGUGCUGAAUUCGUGGGCGCCAAGCGCAGCAAGCAUACGGUUGUGGCUUUCAAGGAUGCAAUGUUUGUAUUUGGCGGUGAUAAUGGCAAGAACAUGUUAAACGAUUUGAUACGUUUUGGCGUGAAGGACAAGUCAUGGGGACGUGCCUGCGCCACGGGCACACCGCCAGCUCCGCGCUAUCAUCAUUCAGCUGUUGUGGCGGGCAGCUCCAUGUUCAUCUUUGGCGGCUACACGGGCGACAUACACUCCAAUUCGAAUCUAACCAAUAAGAAUGAUCUGUUCGAGUACAAGUUUCUGAGCGCCAUGUGGGUGGAAUGGAAGGUCUCGGGCAGGCAACCAGUGCCGCGUUCGGCGCAUGGCGCGGCCGUUUAUGACAACAAAAUGUGGAUCUAUGCUGGCUACGAUGGCAAUGCGCGCUUGAAUGACAUGUGGACUUUGAAUCUAACCGGCAACACGCAUCAGUGGGAGGAGGUGGAGCAGCUGGGUGAACGCCCACCCACGUGUUGCAAUUUCCCUUUGGCCGUGGCACGCGAUUGCAUGUAUGUCUUCUCCGGCCAGAGCGGUCUACAGAUUACCAAUUCGCUGUUUGAAUUUCACUUCAAGACACGCACCUGGCGUCGCAUCUCGAAUGAGACAGUGUUGCGUGGCGCCACCUCGGCACCUCCCUCUCGCCGCUAUGGCCACACCAUGGUGCACAACGAUCGCUUCUUGUACGUCUUUGGCGGCUCGGCAGACACCACAUUGCCCAACAAGCUGCAUUGCUAUGAUCUGGACUCGCAAGUUUGGUCCGUCAUACAGCCGGAGCAGAACUCGGAUGUGCCUUCGGGCCGUGUCUUCCACGCCUCUGCGGUCAUCGGCGAUGCCAUGUACAUCUUUGGCGGCACCGUCGACAACAGCGUGCGCCGCGGCGAUACCUAUCGCUUUCAGUUCUCCAGCUAUCCAAAGUGCACGCUGCGCGACGACUUUGGCAAGUUCUUCAGCGAGAAGCAGUUCUGCGAUAUUCAGUUCGUUGUGGGUGUGGAGGAGAUACGCAUACUGGCACACAUUGCUUUUGUGGCAGCGCGCUCCAAGUAUUUGCGCAACAAGAUCCUGGCGGCGCGUGAGGCACGGCAGCAGCAAAUGGAGAAGGUCUAUGGUGUGGGACAGGUGGAUAUGCAGGCAUUGAAUACGGGAGUUGGUGCAGAUCGGGCGCCCAUGCUGGAGGUACGGCUGGCUCAUGCCUCCCCCGAGGCCUUUCAAAUCAUACUCAACUACAUAUAUACGGAUCGCAUCGAUCUAAAGGACUCAUACAGCAAGAACAUUAUCAUACUCAUCACAGACAUCUAUCAGCUGGCUGGGCUCUUUACCAUGCCGCGUCUGGCCCAUGGUUGUAUACAAUAUCUCGACUACAAGAUCAAUAAACUGAAUGUUCUGGAGGCGCUCUAUAAUGCGGAUAAAAACAACAUUAAAAUCAUCAAGGAUCAUUGCAUGCAGUUCAUUAUCAAGGAGGAGAACUACACGGAAGUUGUUAUGUCGAAUGAGUUCAGUGAUCUGGACAAGCCGCUGCUGGUGGAGAUUAUACGCAAGCGUCUGCAUCCCAGCAAGCCAGUGAUGGAUACCAGAGAUGAGUCAAAUAUUGGCACCACACUGGAGCACGACAUGUCCACAUUUUUGGAAACAACUGGCAAAGAUUUUUGCGAUAUAAAUCUUGUACUGGAGGAUCAUGUGAUACCGGCACACAAGUCUGUGCUCUCCGCACGUUGUACCUAUUUCCAAGGCAUGUUUCGCUCCUUUAUGCCACCAGAUAAUACCGUCAAUAUACAAAUUGGCGAAAUUUCACCGUCACUGGAAGCAUUUCACUCGCUGAUGCGUUACAUCUAUUACGGCGAGACCAAGAUGCCGCCACAGGAUGCGCUGUUUUUGUUUCAGGCGCCUUGCUUCUAUGGCCUGGCCAACAAUCGUCUGCACGCUUUCUGCAAAUACUCGCUGGAGCACAAUAUCACGUAUGAGAAUGUGCUGCAGACGCUGGAGGCGUCGGAUAUAACCAAAAUCUAUGACAUCAAGGAUUACGCAUUGAAAUUGAUUGUCAAAGAUUUUGCCAAGGUGGCCAGGCUGCCAAAGAUCGCCGGAUUGUCGCGCGAACUGUUGCUGGAGAUAAUACGCGCUGUGGCCGAUUCGCAAGGCGAGUUUCUGACCAGCAUUAACAUCCAUCCAGAUGUCUGAAAACUAGUGCUGCUACAGCCUGCUCUGCAUCUGUUGCUCGCUUGGUUGCAAAUCGGACGUAGCACGUAGAGCCGCAGUAGCGGUUGGUAGCGCCAUCAAACUCGCAGUCAUCUAUAUACCAUAUAAUCAUCAAUACUUCCCUCCAUAUAUAUGUAUCUCUAACUCCAACUCCAACUCCAUGCAAUGUAAUUGGUGUCGAAUCACAAUGAAUCGAGAUGAGAGAGUUGUUGAGAAAUUUGUUAGCAUUAGAGAGACGGAGACGGAAACGGAAACGGAGUUAGCAGCUUGAUAAAAUUAAGGGCAUGCCAAGUAACAUUGUAACCUAUAUUAUAUACGCUAUAUUUAUCCUCAAGAUAUAUAUAUAUAUCUAUACUCAAAAUAUGUACCUACAUAGAUGUUUAUGUUCUAAAUACUACACACAAAUUUACAAUAUAUUCCCUACAAUACGCUUCACUGUUCGUUCUAUGUAAACGUAGCAAAUGCAUAAACACAUUAACAUAUACAAUCGAACAUAUAUAUAUAUAUAUAUUCAU